CGGAUCCGGAUGUACGGACUUUGGGCCAAGUUCACCCUGUUCAUUUCGACACGCAGCGCCGAACACGAAGCAAACUGGGGCAAAGAUGGAGAUAGAAGUCCAGACGUUGCACAGCAUUCUUCUUCACACGUUCAGCACAGACGCGAGCGCGCGAAGUGCGGCUGAGGAAGCUGUCAACAAGCUUCACUUGGCGAGAGGAUCCAUCGUGCUGCUCGUCCAGCUUCUCUCGAGCGACGAGGUCCAGCGCGAAAUUCGCCAAGCCGCAGCGAUUUCGCUCAAGAAUAUUGUUCACCGUCAUUGGGGCGCAGUGGAAUGUGGUAGCAACUGCAGCGACGGCCACGGCGGCGCGAAACAUGGGGCAUCGGCAUUUCCCGACGCAGACAAGGACGAGUACCGCAAAUAUAUAUUGGAGGGUCUGCUCACAGCCCAAGACAAGUCGAUCCGAGCGCUACUUGUUGAAUGUGUGAGCCUCAUCGCGCGUCACGAUUUUCCAAAUCAAUGGCCGCUGCUGGUGGACAAUAUUUGCGCUGCGAUCCAAUCGAGCCACGCGCAUCGCAUCAUCAAUGUUUGUCGCCGCUGUUUGGAUGCAAGACAUUCACGACUCUUGUAGGCUCUCUUGGCUCUACGUAAACUGGUGAAAUUGUACGAGUACAAACCGUCGCAUCAACGCGACACACUGAACUCAAUUGUGGUCGUGACGUUUCCAAUGCUUCGCGAAAUGCUGCAUCAACUUGUGGGGAAUAUAUCCGACGACGCUGGCCACAUGGUGCACUUGAUCGUGAAAACGUUCUGGUCGAGCGUUCAGUGCUCGCUGCCUCCGCACAUGACGCUCGAAGAAAUUGGGUCGUGGCUCGAACUGUUCAAGGCAGUGCUAACCAAGGCGUUGCCUGAGCCAAUGCAUGUGGACGGCGAUGGCAACGCCAACGACGACGAAACUCGACGAAACCCGUGGUGGAAAGCAAAAAAGUGGACGCUCCAGGUCUUCUGUCGCUUCUACAAUGUCUACGGCAACCCCAAGCACAGCAAUUCGACGCCGGAGCUGAGCGGGUUUUUCCGUGGGCAAGUUGCACCGCAUCUACUUGUGGCUGUGUUGGAAACGCUGAGCCUGCGGCCAUCGGGGCGAUAUUGCCCCGAUCGCAUUGUUCAGCUCAGCAUCAUGUACCUUCAAGAAGCCAUCAUGUCGGCCAUGGCGUACAAGCAGCUCCAGCCACACUUAGACUUUGUAUUGUUCAAGGUGGUCCACCCGCUCUUUUGCUUGACGGAGGCCGACUUGGAUUUAUUUCACAACGAUCCGCACGAGUACAUUCGCCAAUGCAGCGAUGUCCUUGGCGAGUACUUGAACCCAGUGUUUGCCGCCGAGGGUCUUCUUGUGGAACUCUGCACAAAGCGUGGCAAGGACUGCGUCGUGAAAGUCUUGUCUUUCUACAAUGACUUGCUCGUCCCAACUCCAGCAAAUGAAGGCCAGUGGAUCCAAAAGGAAGCGGCGUUGCACGCGUUGUGUGCACUGGACUCGUUCUUGACACUGUCGCCGCCGCAUCAAGCACAAAUGGAGUCGGUCAUUUUGUCGCAUGUUCUCCCAGCGUUUGAAAAUCCCCGUGGGUACAUGCGGUUGCGCGCCGUCAAGAUGUUGUCUCGGAACUACAUGACGAAACUCGUGUUUGCCGAUUCAACCAUGUCGCACGUUGUGAACUACCUGCUGCGGUGUCUUCAGGACCCAGAGUUGCCCGUGCGCAUUGAAGCUGCAAAGAGCUUUCGCCACGUCGUCAUGUACAAUCAUUCGACGGUGGUGCAGGAUACCCUUCGCCCGCUGCUUCCCCAGGUUCUUGACCAGUUCUUUGUCAUUAUGGACGACAUGGGGUUCGGGGACGAAGUCGUGCUGGCGCUGGAUCAGUUGAUCGAUUCGUUUUGCGAUGAAGUGGGGCCGUACGCUGUCCAAUUGGUCGUCCGACUCACGCAGCGCUUUAAGCAAUGCUUGGACAAGGAUGAAGACGACGAGGACGCGUGCUUCACGGCGGCGUCGUGCCUCGACACGAUCAACACGAUACUCAUGAGCAUUUACAGUCAGUCCGAGCUGUUUGAGCCACUGAUCGAUGCGCUGUUGCCAACGCUCCAUUUGAUCUUGAGCACGGAUGCCUACAUGGACUUUGUCGAGUCGGCACUCGAUAUUGUCAAGUCAAUUGCGUACUACAGCGCAGGGAUCCACCCCAAGGUGUGGGCGUUGUUUCCAACAUUGUUCCGCGGCGCCGAUUUGUGGGGUUCCGAAUACAUGCAUCAACUUGUCGUGGUUCUGUACUCGUUGAUCGGUCGAGAUGCAGUCGGGUUCGUCUCGGCGGUGUUUCAGGUCAACUUGCCCAACGGCACCACCAAGCGCAUUCGCUAUCUUGAGCUCGUGUACAACAUGGUGCGCAGAAUUCUGCACAAGGAACAUGUGGACGACGAAGAGGUGUGGGGCGCGUGUGCAAUCAUCGAAUGCAUCUUCCACAACUGCGACGGUGUCGAUGUGUUUAUCCCUGCUGCGCUGCAACUGAUCUGCUUUCGCAUGAGCCGCACCCCCACGAACGAGCCCCGAAUGCUGACACAGCUUCUCUCGGCCGUGUUGGCAGCCAUGCGAAGCAACGCAGCGUUGACGCUCACCGCACUCGAAAAGAUGAAGGUGCUGGAGCCCGUCGUGAAAGCUCUUGAGAAGAACGCGGAACUGCGCACCACACUGACCGAACAAAAGAUAUACGUUCUUGGAAUCAUGGCACUAUUUGGUCGUCCCGCUGCCGAGUUGCCUCUUCCAGUCCAGGUAAUUUGCGCACUUGAGUCCCACCCGGCAAAUUCAAAAAUGGGUUUUCCCGCGCCCAAUUUGAGGAAUGUUUGUGUAGGAGGCGCUGAAAAUGCUUGUGGUCCAAUCGGUCCAAAUGCUGCAUCGCAUUGUAGCACGGUCACAACAGCAGGCUGCGCGCGAGGAGGCGGCGGCGGCGGCUCAUGGAGGGAACGACGGGACAUUGCCACCAAUUGACAAGUCGCUCAAGGCGUUGAUUCACAAGGGAGGGUACGAUUCGGAUGAAGAUGCCGACUUGAUCUUGCACGACGACGACUACACACAUGUCCUGCAUGACUUGAAGGGCAACGACGACGUCGACGAGGACGAGGACAAGGACUACUACAGCCGAAUAGACAGUAUCGACGAGAUUGCGAUUUUCCUGCAGACCAUGCAUGGUACUGUGGCAUGUCAUGACGAUGAUCGCGUGGGAUGAGGUGGAUUUGUAGGGAUCAAGGACACUCAGCCGGCCACGUUUGAAGCGCUCGGCCUGGCAAACAACCAAGAGUUCUUCGACACGUGCGAGGUUUUUUCUGUGGAAUUGCAGCGUCGACAGGACGCCAUCGCUCGCGACACUGUGGUGGGGACGGAUGAAGGGUUGAAUGUUCAAUAAAUAUUACUUGGUCAAUGC